AUGCACACAAAUCAGCUCAACUGUUCAUCUUUCUGUCUUCAGUGCAAGGAGUUCACCUUCCACACUGGCUAUGAGGUGCUUGUACAGCGGCUGCUGGAUGGGAGGAAGAUGUGCAAAGAUGUGGAGGAUUUGCUCAAGCAGAGAGCACAAGCAGAAGAGAGAUACGGGAAAGAGCUGAUUCAAAUCGCCCGAAAAGCAGGAGGACAAACAGAAAUCAACACACUGAAGGCAGCAUUUGAGAGGCUUAAGCAACAAAUCGAAAGUGUUGGAAACUCUCAUAUCCAGCUGGCAGUAAUGCUGAAGGAUGAACUGAAAGGAAUAGAGGAGUUCCGAGAAAGACAGAAGGAGCAAAGAAAAAAGUAUGAGUCUGCAAUGGAGCGCAUGCAAAAGAGCAAGUUGUCCCAUUAUAAGAAAACAAUGGAGUCAAAGAAGACCUACAGACAGAAGUGCAAGGAGGCGGAUGAGGCUGAGCAGUCCUUUGAACGGACAACUGCUUCAGGCAACCACAAGCUAACAGAAAAGAGUCAGAACAAAGCCAAGCAAUGCAGAGAUGCAGCAAAUGAAGCAGAGAAUGUGUACAAACAGAACAUUGAGCACCUGGAUAAGAUCAGGACAGAGUGGGAACAGGAACAUAUCAAAACCUGCGAGGUCUUCCAGCUCCAGGAGUGCGACCGCAUCACCAUCCUCCGCAACUCGCUGUGGGUUCACUGCAACCAGCUCUCCAUGCAGUGUGUGAAGGAUGAUGAGCUAUAUGAAGAGGUUCGGGUAAGCUUGGAGAACUGCGUUGUAGAGUCAGACAUAGACUACUUCAUUAAGACUAAAAUGACAGGAACACAGCCUCCAGAUGCAAUAGGAUAUGAGAACUACUACAGCAGAGAACCAAACAGAAGCAACAGCAGCCCAACCCAGUCUUGUGGGAUGAUGAAGAGAUUCUCCGGACUACUGCAUGGAAGCAGCAAAAACAACACGGAAAGUGCCACUCCUUCAGCCCCUCCUCUUGAGAAAACAGACGGUGUCUACGCAUCCAUUUUUGUAAAUGAACACGCUGGAAUCACAUCAUCACAGGACUACAGAGUACUUUAUGACUACACAGCCCAGAACAUGGAUGAACUGGACAUCAGUGAAGGAGACAUUGUAGUUGUCAUUGAAGAAAACGAGGAUGGCUGGUGGACAGCAGAAAGGAAUGGGCAGCGAGGCUUUGUGCCAGGGUCUUAUCUCGAAAAGCUUUGAUGAAAAGAAGCCCCAGUCCUCAGACUUUAAAAGUAUUCUAUUACUGAAAACAAACAGCACACAAGGUCUGCUUCAGCUGACC